AUGGGGCCGCCUUCCAGCUCUGGUUUCUACGUGAGCCGCGCAGUAGCCCUGCUGCUGGCCGGGCUGGCUGCCGCGCUCCUGCUGGUGCUGGCGGUGCUCGCCGCCCUCUACGGCCACUGCGCGCGAGUCGCGCCGUCGGAGCUUCAGGACUGCGGCGUCCCGGACGCCGCACCUUCUCCGCCAGGGGGCAUGUCCUGUGCAGCAUCNCUCAACGUCUACACGGACCAGGGUGAGCGCAGUGAACACAUCCCUUGCUACUCAAACUUUGGUCCGCGGACCUGCUGUAGCUGUAACACCUGGGAGCUUGUUGGAAAGGCAGACACGUGGGCCCCACCCUCGAUUGAGGGGAUUCGAAUUUACGUUUUAACGAGAUCCUCGGGUGAUUUCCGGGCGUUAACAUUGGAGAAACGCGGGACUGUCCCUCCUGGGCGUCCCUACGCGCUCAGCUCCCUGUCGCUGCCUCUUUUCCAAAGCGCUCGGGCCCUGUUAGCAUCUCAGAUGGAACCAACAUUUGCCAGGAAUGUUUUUCCUUGUUUUGAUGAACCAGGUCUGAAGGCAACUUUUAAUAUUACACUUAUUCAUCAUCCAAGUUAUGUGGCCCUUUCCAACAUGCCAAAGCUAGGUCAGUCUGAAAAAGAAGAUGUGAAUGGAAGCAAAUGGACUGUUACCACCUUUCAUACCACACCCCGCAUGUCAACUUAUUUAGCCACAUUUGCUAUAUGUGACUAUGACCAUGUCAGCAGAACUGAAAGGGGCAAAGAGAUACGCAUCUGGGCCCGGAAAGAUGCCAUUGCCAAUGGAACUGCAGACUUUGCUUUGAAUAUCACUGGUCCCAUCUUCUCUUUUCUGGAAGAUUUAUUUAAUAUUAGUUACCCUCUUCCAAAAACAGAUAUAAUUGCCUUGCCUGCUUUUGACAACCGUGCAAUGGAAAAUUGGGGACUAAUAAUAUUUGAUGAGUCACUAUUAUUGCUGCAACCCGAUGAUCAACUAACAGAAAAAAAGAUGGUGAUCUCCUACAUUGUCUCCCACGAGGUUGGACAUCAGUGGUUUGGAAACUUGGUUACCAUGAGUUGGUGGAAUGAUAUCUGGCUCAAUGAAGGUGUUGCAUCCUAUUUUGAGUUUGGAGUAAUUAAUUACUUAUACCCUAAACUCCCAAAAAAUGAGGUCUUUUUUUCUAACAUUUUAUAUGAUGUUCUCCAAAAAGAUCAUGCCCUGGUGUCUAGAGCUGUAUCCACGAAGAUGGAAAAUUUCACAGAAACGAAUGAAAUAAAUGAGCUCUUUGACUUAUUUACUUACAACAAGGGAGCGUCUGUGGCCCGGAUGCUUGCUAGUUUCCUGAAUGAGAAUUUAUUUAUCAGCGCACUUAAGUCAUAUUUGGAGACAUUUUCUUACUUAAAUGCUGAGCAAGAUGAUUUAUGGAGGCAUUUUCAAAUGGCCAUAGAUGACCAGAGUAAAAUUAUUUUGCCAGCAACAGUAAAAAGCAUAAUGGACAGUUGGACACACCAGAGUGGUUUUCCAGUUAUCACCUUAAAUGUAUCUACUGGCGUCGUGAAACAGGAACCAUUUUAUCUUGGAAAGUUUAAAAAUCAGACUCUUGAAGCCCACAACAUAUCACUGGAAAAACUUUUUGAAGCUGCAUGUUUGUUGGGCCUUGAAGACUGUCUUCAGCUGUCAAGAGAGCUCUUCAAAAACUGGACAAACCAUCCAGAGAAUGAAUAUAUGGAGUAUGCCAUCACUACAUCUCCAUCCACUUUUGAUGAAAGAAAUAUAAUUGAAGAUGUGGCAGAAUCUGAAGUUGGCCGGUACAUAGUUAAGGAUUUUUUGGUCAACAAUUGGCAAGCUGUGAAUGAAAGGUAUGGACCACAAUCAUUGAUUAUUCUGAUGUAUAUAAUAGGGAGAACCAUAAGUACAGAUUUACAGAUCAUGGAGCUGCAGCAGUUUUUCAGUCCCAUGUUGGAGGAACACCAGAGGCUCGCAGUUUAUGCCAAAUUACAGACAAUAAAGAACGGAAAUCUGAAAAACAGAAACCGAAAUUCCAGGAUAGCUGCAUGGCUUCGGAAAAACACAUAAUUUAGUGUCCACUUUCAGCAUUCCCCUUGCAUAUUAUAAUGUAGCUUGCUCACAGUUUUGUAUUCCAAUACUUUGUGAGUCUAGAAAACCACAUGUUUUGUUAUUUGUAUUUCAGUCACAUUUACUACUCAAGAGUCCUGUUCUUCCCAUGUUGUCCUGUUGGCACUGACGCUCAGUGAUUGCUCAGGAUUUUGCCAACACUGCUGUAUUUCUGGGGAAGAUUUCACUUCACGUUGGGCUAUGAAACCACAGAAUUUACUUUAAAUGCCUUAUAAAAACAAAUUUACCUUAGAAAGACUUGUUUAUUCUGUUGCAAAGGCCAGUGGAAUAUUAAAUCACCGGCUAAAUGAGCACAUUCUUUUCUGAGGGAAAUACAGAUUUGCAAUACUCUAGGGUUUAUUUAGUUCAAUAUUUAAAAGAAUAUUGAGCAAAUAACACAACAGUGUAAAAAAAAAAAAGAAAAGAAACCAGAAAAAUCAUAUUCACUGGAAGACAGAAAAGCCAAAGAAAAGGAAGUUUUUAAAAGAAGGAACAGGCAAUUUUAUGAGCCAUGUUAGUGCCCUCCAAGCAGGAAACAUGCCGUCUCCUGCCUAUUUCUCUUUUCCCACAGUGCCUAAUGUAUCAUGCCACACUUCACUGGCUAUGGAACUUAUGGUGCUACAAAAAGACCCAGAAUCGCAGGAGUCCCUAAAGUGCCUUUAUGCUCGCUGCUGUGGAGGACAGAAUGGAGAGGGAGGCUCUGCCCGGAAGCUCUUGACUGUGCGAGUUUACCUGUGGGACGAACACUCUUUCAGCCAAAGUUUAUGAGCAAAAAUAAUGAUGUCAACGGACAAUAGCAAUUAUAGGCUAAUCUUUAACACAAAGGGAGAUUGUCAAAUAAAGAGAAAUGUGGAACUAAAAGGCUAACCCGAGCACAGUCUUUACAAUUUUGCACUCAGGGGGUUAAGUCUGAAAUAUGAUUUCAUUUGGCCAAAUCAAACCUACUUGUAGUUUGGACAGCUUGAAACAUUUUCAUCAGUCACAAAGUCUGGAGUUAGCUUCGUUUUCUUACAUCUGAUUCAAUCAGGACCGCUAAGGCAAAUCAUCCUACUCUAGAGUUUGUGUAUAUAUGAUUUAAUUGUUAAUGUUGAUUUUGUUUUUGUAGACUGGGGGUAAAACUACAGA